AUUUUAUUUUUAUUGUCAAAUUUUGCUGUUAAACCUAAAAAUUUUGAAAAAAAAAACACAUUUAUGGGCGCCCCACAAGACAUUUUGAAGGAUGUAAUCUUACAGGAAACAUGGGAGAUUUUGGCGCGAAACCGCGGGAAGCAAUGUCAACAUGAACACAGGUAUUUGUUAUUUAAAUUUAUUAUUUGUUUUUUCGUUGUUCAACGAAAUUUUGUUAGCUGGUUUAUUUUUUAUUUGUUGUAUAUGUAAGAUUUGAAGCAGUUGAGGGCUUGUAUUUGGUAUUUUUGCUUGAACAGACAAUGUUUAAUUGUAUUGCAUGUUUUAUGUUGUUGUCAAGCAUAUCUGUGUUGUUUAUUUUUGCAGAUUCUGUGGUCACGAAAGACUUGUUAAAGAAAGUCACUGGCGAAUUUGAUGUGACCAGUAUAAUAAAGUUAAAUGCCAGAAAUUUGGGUAUACAUCACAUUAUUAUGGAUCUCAUGCCUGAACUUAACGGCAUCACAUCAAAAAUUUGUAACGCUGCCCCACAUGAUCACAUCUUCAUAUUUUUGCAUGUUUACAAUUUUAAUUUUAAACAGCUAAUUGGCAUAUUAUAGUAAUUGUUACCAAGAACUGGCUGUUUAAAAUUAGAAUUGUAAACAUGUAAAAAUAUGUAGGUGCGGUUGUAGACAUUUGUGGGCGUGGCCACAAUACAAUUUUUUUAUAUGAUGCCACAGUUUGGUGACACAAUUAACAUUUAAUUUCCACACCCUUUUGUGGGUACAUGCCACUUUAUAGGUUGACAACAAUUUUCACCCCCCCCCCCCGGUUUUUGAAAAAAUAACCCAUUACAUAAGUUGCAUUAAUUGUGCCCUAAUCAAGCUAUUAAAGUUGCUAUUUUAAACUGUCUAAUGCCAGACGAUUUUACUCAUCAGGGGAAAGCACUGUUUCUCAGUGGAUUAAUAAGAACAUUAAUAGUUAGUCAAUUAAUGUUAAUUAAUUAGGCGAAGCCGAGCUAACCCUUUAAUGUCAAACAUGUUCCCGAUCCUAACUUUGAUCAAGUUGAAAGAUCUUACUCCGGUGUAUAUGAGUAUACAAAGCAACUCAUUGUAUUGUAGGCAUCAACAAUCUUGGCAUUAUUGGGCAAUGUUCUGGAUUGAUGUAUUUAGAUCUUUCUGAAAACCGCAUAUCAGAUCUUCAACAACUUGGUAAUUCUAUAAAUAUAACUAUUUUAUAAUGCUUUAUAAUGUUAUGUAACUGAUUAGAAUUAAUUUCGAUUGCCUUACAACGAUGGAUUAACAUUUCUUCCUUGUAGAACAUCUAAAAGAUUUGACGACACUCGAUUUAUCAUGCAAUAGAAUUACAAACUUAGGUAAGAAAGAUGAAAUAGGCUGCUGUGGUUGGCAGCCAGGCUUCUUUCAACCACUAAGAUUGUAUUAAGUUAAACAAACAUAUAUUUUUUAAAUUUUUAGCUGGUCUAGAGGGAUUGGAAAGUCUGGAGUCAUUAAAUAUUUCAGGAAAUCUUAUUACGAGGUAUCAAUUGUUCGUAUCUAGCUAUGUGCUAGGGGGCAUUCAGGGCACAAUGCAAGUUGAUGGGUUAACUUGAGCAGCAUUCUCUUGUUGACAAGUAAAAUUGUCUGGUGUUCAGUAAAAUAAUAAAACCUGUGGGGUGCAUUAGGUUGCAAUAUAUAGCUUGAUGGGUUAAACAUGCAUAUAAAGAAAUGGAUGGCACAUCUAAAGGAAUACAUUUAUUUGUCAUUGUCUUUAGUAUUGAUUCAUUGCAACCACUUUGCAAUUUGAAAUUUUUGGAGAGCCUUCGGUUGGAAGAUAAAACAAAAAACAUUUCUAAUCCAGGUGAGGAAAAUGGUGAAUAUGCUGGCAUGCAGCUUCUGUGCAUGGUCCUCUUUAUUUUUCUUCUAGUGUAAUGCUCAGGACUUUGAUCUCCAACUUAUGUGUUUCGAUCAUUAUCUAGUUUGUCAAACACUUUCCAACUACAAGACGCCCAUCUGCAAAUUCCUUCCAAAUAUUUCUAUGCUUGAUGGUAAGUCAGCACAAAGUUUUUUACCAAAUCGUAUAUCUAUUUGUUAUCAUAUUUUUCAGUCCAAGGUUUGAUAUUUCUACAUUUUUUAGGAGAGAAAAUGUUGGGAGAAGGAGCUGGAUUGUUUCAAGUUUGUGAUGACUUAGAAGCAAAACUUAACGGUACAGUACUUGUGGCAUUCAAUAAGGCUCUGUGUGGUUCAACACUGUCAAUGCUGUUUUGAUGAAAAAUUUCAAAUGUAUAUUAAAUUCUGAAUUUUUAGAUUUGGAAGAUCCAAAAAACAAAGAUCCAGCAUGUGAUUUUGAUAUGAAUAGAUUUUCAGAAUGUUUGGACAAAAAGCAAAGUGGUAAAAAAUUACUUUACAUGCAUACUUUUUACCAUUAACUCAUUUCCAUCUUACUUUUAAAUUAACCCAUUAGUAGCGCUGCAACACUCUCCCUUGAUGAGUAAUGUCAUCUGGUGUUAGACAGAGUAAAAUACCAAAGUAGGGUGCAUUUGGGCACAUACAGUAUUGCAGCUUAAUGGUUUAUACAUCAUCAACCUCUAAUGUGCCCUGCUUGGGACUUAUUUCACUUUAGCUCUCUUAAGUGAAAAGACAGAAAAGAAAGUUGCCUGGUCUGCUGAACAACAAUUUGAAGGUAUUAAUGGUUAUCAGCAAAUUCAAUGAGAAGUUAUUAUAUAUAAUAUAUGUAACUGUUGAACACAUUGCUAUAAAGUAGUCUUUUCUUUCUAGAUGUACUAAAGCAGUGCAGAAAUCUGAACGAAGAGGCGGAUAAAGCAAUUUUAGAUGCAAAACAAGCACUGUGGGGUGCACCAAAAGAUGAUGUAUCAUAAUGGAGGAUAGUAUAUAUUGCAUUGCACAGGGCCGUAGGAAGCUCUUUUCGAUUGGGGAGGCUGAAAGCGAGGGCCGAAGGCCCGAGGAAAUUUUUAAAUUUUGAGUCUCUAAAAUGCCAUUUCCUGGACUUUGGGGGAAGAUUUAACAGAAUUCUGAUAGUCAGAAAACAGCGUUUUAGUAUGUCGAAAUUUACAGGAAAGUAUGGGCCAGACUGUAGUAUUAUAAAUGCGCGGCGGGAAUUUUCGUCGUAAAUGGCAGUUGCGCG